CGAGUAGUUGAGAGGAAAACUAUUUUGCAUUGCUAAAAGCCAUUCAAUGUCUGAGGAUAAUUCUUGGGUCUUUGAUUCGCUGGUGUGCUUUCUUCAUGGCCCCAUUUGGAAUGCACCUCUGCAGACGUUCAUCGAGGAGAAAUCGCUGAUCUUUGAUCCGAACGAGAAGCAGGACGAUUCGAAUCCGGAGUAUAUUACCAUUCACAAUGAGUACAAGAAUCUGGUGGACUUUAUGCUGGGCAGCUUCAUGGAUGAGAUGCAGAUCACACCGGAGAAGUUCGAAGAAGCCUGCCUGGAGGGCAGGAAUCACACGGGCACCAGCAGCGGGCUGACUUUCCACCAGGGCCUCUUCCAGCAGAUCUGGGCGGCCAAUGACAUCCGCAUCUUCAUCCGCAUGAUGACGCAGCGAAAUGUGGAACUGCAGCUGCAGGCGCUGGAUCUCAUCGAGAGACGGCAGAAUUCUCAGCCCACUGAGUCUGGUGAGUCUGAUGUGAAGGAGUUCAGUGAGCAGGGAGGAGCUGAAGAGACUGCCGAGGAGCCCUCAGAGACCCUGCAUACCGAAGAGACGGACCUGGAGGCUGUUGAAGCCGAAGAGACUGCACAGAAGAGAGUCGAGGAAAGGGCAGAAGACACUGACAGCUCAAUCGAUGACAAAUUCCAGAGGCUGAACCUCUUUUUCGAGAAAGAGAAAAUGUCAGAGGAAAACGUGAAGAAUCGGAGGGAUUAUUUAAUCGCCCAGCGUGAUAAAAUCCUACAAAUCAAGAAGCAAACACGCGCAAGACAACUCAGCGAGACGGUGAAGAAGGAUGGAAGACCGUCUUCGGCUCAAGUGGCUCAGAAGAUCCUGACUGGAGUGGAUCCCGGGGCGAUGGCAGAUCCUCCGGAAGCGUCCCUGCAGCUCAGAAAAACCCUGGCGAGGCGUCUCCGCAAUGAAGUUGUUGACACGCCAAGGGAAUGAUCUAAAAAAAAAGUUUCUGGACCACCUCCACAAAUAGCACAACAAUAAUUUGCGCUAAGCUGUGCGAUUUUGUGGACGAUCAAGAAUUCUGAUCAUGAACAUUCCUUAUUAGCUUUUCAGUAAGAGUGUCUCGAAAUUACCACCUUGAAAGCUGUACUCAGCCGUUUGUUGUGGUGCUCAAUGUAGUGUGAUUAUCCUUUUCCUAUCCAAAAACACUUGCCGAAUGCAAGUUUAUCCGGCAAAGUUGGAAUU